AACCGACUCACUGGCUCCAAGUCAAUGAGAAUAACGGCAGUAAUUCAUACCGGACGGUCCUCCCACCCCGUCCUCAAGUUUUGUGGUGUUAUAUGUUUUAUCUGAGGUAACCUACGGGGAGAGCUUCAUCUGAAGGACAUUUCUCAAUAAUCUGCCAUCACAGAAAAUCUGUCCGGGAAACAAGGGACAGACAGUUUCUCUAUAGAUCUUUCUCUCUCACACACGCACACUUGAAGACCGAGAAUAAUCGUUCUGAAAGCAUGGAGCCUGCCGAGAUGAACUCUAUCCCCAAUGGAAAGGGGCACGAAGCUGGUGAAGAGACAACUGUGACUGCAUUAAAAAGCCAAUCAGAAGAUGCUGCUCAGGAACUUGUACCAAAUAGCACAGAAAAUGUCAGUACUGACAAAACGCCAGGUAAUGCAGAGGCAAACCUGCCAGAAAGCUCAGAGUUUCUGUCCAAUGUAGAUGACAAGAAAACCCCUCGCUUCACGGAUUUUGAGGGAAAGACUUCUUUUGGGAUGUCCGUCUUCAACUUGGGAAACGCCAUCAUGGGAAGUGGAAUUCUGGGAUUAGCAUACGCCAUGGCUAACACGGGCAUUGUCCUCUUUAUAAUUCUUCUCACUGCUGUUGCUGGCCUGUCUUCAUACUCCAUUCACCUGCUGCUAAAAUCUUCAGGCAUUGUGGGCAUUAGAGCUUAUGAACAACUGGGCUUCCGAGCAUUCGGCACACCAGGCAAGAUGGCUGCCGGGAUUGCAAUCACCCUGCAGAACAUUGGAGCCAUGUCCAGCUACUUAUACAUAGUGAAGUACGAGUUUCCACUGGUUAUCCAGGCUUUUCUCAAAGUGGACAGUACAUCAGGGGAGUGGUUUGUAAACGGAAACUACCUGGUCGUCAUUGUAUCAUGCAGUGUCAUCUUGCCGCUAGCUUUAAUGAAGCAGCUCGGGUACCUGGGCUACACCAGCGGUUUCUCUCUAAGUUGUAUGGUCUUCUUCCUUAUUUCGGUGAUCUAUAAGAAGUUCCAGGUGAAAUGUCCUUUUGAGGACUUUUCCCAUAACAGGACGUUGGUGGGCUUUAACACAAGUAUCGCGUCUGACCAGAGAGGAGUGGAGAUAACCCCUGAGGGUGACCCUAGCUGCACCCCUCACCUCUUUAACAUGAACUCACAGACGGCCUACACGGUUCCCAUCCUGGCAUUUGCGUUCGUGUGCCACCCCGAGGUGCUGCCAAUUUACACAGAGCUGCGCAACCCCACAAAGACAAAGAUGCAACAUGUCUCCAACAUCUCCAUUGCGGUCAUGUACAUCAUGUACCUCCUGGCUGCCCUGUUUGGAUAUUUGACCUUCAUCGAUAAAGUGGAAGCCGAGCUGUUGCACACCUACAGCCGAAUUGACCCGUAUGACACGCUCAUCCUGUGCGUUCGUCUAGCUGUGCUGACUGCCGUCACACUCACUGUACCCAUCGUGCUGUUUCCUGUAAGGAGAGCAAUUCAGCAGAUGUUCUUUCCAAAUAAAACUUUCUGGUGGCCACGUCACAUUGCCAUAGCUGUCUGCCUCCUCACCCUCAUCAACUUACUGGUCAUCUUCGCCCCAAACAUCCUGGGCAUCUUCGGGAUCAUCGGUGCCACAUCCGCGCCGUGCCUCAUCUUUAUAUUUCCUGCUGUGUUUUACAUCCGCAUUGUUCCCGAGGAAGAUGAACCCAUGCGCUCACCGCCGAAAAUCCUUGCUGCUUGCUUCGCCAUUUUAGGAGUCUUAUUUAUGAUAAUGAGCCUGAGCUUCAUCAUCAUUGAUUGGACGUCAGGGAGCAGCAAAGGAAACAGUGGUCAUUAGACCACAUCCUCUAAUGGUUUAUGCUUUUUCAUUUGAUUUUCGGGUCAGUAGUUGGGGAGGAUGCAGAAUCUCUCACUAGAUCAGUCAGGGAUCAGUCACACAGAUUCCUAGCUUUAGUUGCAUUCAAUCAAUGCAUUAUUUGGCCUUGUGACCUGCAUGUGCUGUAAAUGGGGUGUUGACCCAUCUCAGGCCGGCAUUAAUUCCAUUUUAAGUCAUGAAGGGGCAUGUAAAUAUUAAUUUUAAAGCUUGAUAUGUGGGGAUGACCAGAACUAGAAAAUCAAAAGCCCUUAAUAGUCAGUAUGUGCUAUAGUUACAGCACAUGCAGUAUGCAGGGUUUGCUACAAAAGGGAUUUUGCAUUCUAACCAAACAGACUCAUCAGCUGGUCCAACCUCCCAUCCAUCCCUCAAUAUCAUGACCUUUCACCUUUACCCCUCGGCCACAUUCACAAGAGAUUAAUCACAGUACUGUAAGUGCUCAGUUCUGAUGGGAGGAUUGGUAGUUAUUAAAGUGUUUAUUUGAUCAUAUCUCAUAUUAGAUAUAGCAAUACUCUGUGCGAAAGCUGUGAGAAAUCUGACACUGAAGGCUGUUCAGAGGCAACACACGACCUCGUCCAGAAUCCAGACUUGAUUUGGCUGCAGUCUAUUACACAAUUUCAAAUGUAUGCAAAUUGUACGUAUAGAACAGAUGUACGUGUCACAUUUUUAUAUGGAUUUAUAAUGUUUAUCCUUUCUACAAUAUUUAGAGAUAAAUUUAUUAGCAGGUAUAUGAGCAUACAUAUAUUUGAUAUAGAAAAUAGAAGAGUAUUCCAAUUCAUCCGGUCCUCUCAAGGAUAUCUAUCACAUCCCUUUUACAAUUUUUAACUUUUCAGCUUAAAUGCCAUCUUUAAAAGAUUCAGAUCUAAAAAAAAAUUAUGGUGAAAGGAACGUUUUGAAAAUUUUAAUGAAUACUGCUGAUUGCAAUGGGAAAGCACAGAUUGGAAAGCACAGUUAAUAUAGUCAGUAUGUAAUAGUCCCACGAGUCCUUCUUAACUGAUUUUGAAAGACUCUGGAUUUAUAUGCAGAGGAAACCAAAAAAGAAAAAAAAAAUAUUCACAGGGUCUUCUCCUUGAUUGGAGAAACAAAUAUUGUGCAUUGGUGUGCAUGAACGUUUUAGUUCCAGGGCAAAUGGCGUACAUGUGGUAAAUGUUGCUCAGUGGAAAGCUGAUCGUAUUAAAGUUUUGCUUCUAGUUAUGCUAUUAACCGAACCAGUCGGAUGAUUUCGGAGAUCGGUUGGCGAUUAUUGAAACCUUAAACUGUAGCACUUUCAUUUGAAGCACAACUUCCGCUCAAUCUCUUGACCUAGUGACCCAGUUAACUUAAUCAUGACAUCGUGACAGUUUGACAUAAUCAUAGAUGAAUAAUAUAUUUUGUAGGCAGAUAUAUGAACAAAGCAUAUGUACAACUAACUGUAAAUUGUUUGAAGAAAAAAGAAAACAAGUGAUGUGUGGAUGUUUAACAUGGUACAUCAUGAAUAUUUUUAAUCUUUGUAAUUGAAACUCGUCAUCCUAAAACACUAUAAAUCAAGCACUUACUGGCCCAUAAUGAUCUAAGUGGUAACACUGUGGUGUUUUAUUGUGUGUGAAUGUGUGCGUUCGCUCCUCUUAAUGCUUAUGGAGAAAGAAUAUUUCAGUCAGUGAAUGUACUGUAAUGAACUGUCUAAAUGUUAAAUUGUGGUACUUUUUAGUUCAUUUUGUCUGUUUAAUUCAUGUUUAAUGGAUAGGCCAGCCACACAUAUAAAUAAAUCAUCAUAUCUGUGAACCAGUAUCAGCAUAAUUACAUAUCUCGAUAUCUUCUUUCAGUGUUUUAAACGUCUCUGGUGCUGCAUCAAGGGCCUGUCUGACAGUAAUAUAUUCCAAAUUACAACCUGUACUGUUAAAAAAAAAAAAAAAAAAAAUCAUGUUUAUCAUGGUUGGAUCGGAUGCUUCUUUAGUUAAUUUCCCUCUUUGUGCUGUUUUGGAUAUGCAAAGAGAAAUGAUUUACUGAUUAAAUAUUUGUAUGAUUUCUGAAGUGCAUCAGUGAAAUAACCCAUUGAGAUCAUGGUUAAUUAAUAGUUUGGUAAAGAAGCGUUUAAUUGUGUGUGUUUGGUGAUGGUGACAAGUUGUCUGUAGUGGUGUAAUGCCUCACACACCAAUGUGGUUUCUCAAGCACAAAAGUGUCCCAUUGUUUUAGCAGUGUAGGUUCAUGUGUGUUUACAAGCCUGAGAACUAAAUGUGCCAGUUGUUAAAGAAUUGCCAGUAUCUGUCCUUAUCUAAUGACUCAAAAUGAUUCCUGAUCGCUAAACAAAGUAUCAUUUCACUCCAAAAUCACACACAAAUAUAUAUAUCUAGAAUUUGGAGUGAAAUUUCAUAGUGUAAUAUUGACUUUAUGGUGAUGCUGAGUAUUUGACUUCUCUCUGAUGACUGAUUUUAUGAUGAAGGUAGCUAGCCUGUUAGCUCUUAUUAACUUACUAUCAUAUAGCACAAACUAGACAUUGUUAGCAUCGAUGAUGAAUCAUACAUACAUACUUUUCCCUUUAGAAGUACAAUCUGUGAUUGCUGCAACUGUAACAUUAACAGCGGUGCAGGAGAAACUACCCUGACCAACAAGAUCCCCCAUAAUGCUGUGCUUCCAUCCCCAGACUUUCCCACGCCCCGCUUUUGUAGCUUCCGAGCUGAUGGCAGCACUUUUUAAGCACGAUCUCCAAAUCUGAAAUGAUUCACACAAAGUAGCAGAAGGGGGAAGCAUUUAAUUGUCUUUAUAGCAGUUGUGUACUUGUGUCCAGUCAGCGUGAUGUUUCCCUUGUGAUGUAAUGAAAGUGUCAUCUGUUUGUAACAGUUUAUAUGAAUUCAUUACUUACAUGGCAGGCAGCAUUUAUAAAUAAUGUACAUAAAUGUAAACCCUUUAUAUUAUAAGCACAUCUAUAGUUUAUAUAUUGUAAAUAGUCAGAUGAUGUUUAGUCGAUGAUUAAAACGUAAUAAUUUUUAAAAAUGCUUUUUAAAAAGCCAGUCUUUAUUUUCUUUAUUCUCAGUAUUGAGUACAUUGCUGGCAUUUAAUGUACUGUAAACAAUGUUAAAAUAAAAAAAGAAUAAAUAAUAUUCAUACUUUCUUGG